AUGCGGUAUCCUACCAAGCGAAAGAAUUGCAGGUGUGGUAAUAUUGAGUCUGAGACAUUCUUAGGUUGCUAUGGGGCUCUUGAAUCUGUUUAUUGUUGCGCUAAUGCCAGUUUUGAAUGUACUCCUGAUUACUGCCGUCGGAUUUUGAAUUCAAUUGUUGUGCAGCUUGUGUUUUUUGUCUUGAGUCCAGCACUUGUUGGCAGCAACUUGGCAAAAUUCAUAACAUUAAGAAGCUUGUUUCAGCUGUGGUUCAUGCCAAUAAAUGUUCUUAUCACCUUUAUCAUUGGCUCACUACUUGGAUGGUUACUUGUAAAAAUUACCAAAGCUCCUAAAGGACUUCGGGGCGUGAUCAUGGGAUGUUGUGCUGCUGGAAAUCUGGGCAACAUGCUUCUCAUAAUUGUUCAAGCUGUCUGUAAAGAAAAAAGCAGUCCAUUUGGAGAUUCCGAUGUCUGCACUGGCCGUGGAAUGGCAUACGUUUCACUCUCUAUGGCAAUUGGAUCCUUGUACAUAUGGUCAUAUGUGUACAAUAUUGUGCGUAUAUAUUCAAGUAAAGAUUCUGAUGAAGCCAAACCGGAUGCCUUGCCGGAGGGUGCAGAGUCUGCUGGAGAAACAAAUGAAUCUUCAAAAUGUCGCGCAGGGCCCCUGCUUCCUUUAGAAGAUCCCUCACUUGGUGAGAGUCAUAUGCAACCCUUGGAGCUUGAUUUUUCAGUGUCAGAGGAAAAGGCCAAGGUGCCAUUUCCAGAAAACAUUAAGAGAAGCUUUCUGAAGGUUAUAAAGAAACCCAGCCUACGGAGAUUGCUUGCACCUUCAAUUAUUGGAGCGGUAUGCUUGCAGCAAAUUCUUAUUUUGGGAAGUUAUUAUACAUAUAGGAUCAAAUCCCUUAAAGAUAAAGACGAUUUGAUCAUUUUGGGGUUGUGGCAUCCCAGCUUACAUGAGAAAUCUGCUCUCCAACAUUGCCAUGAAACUGGCAUUAGCAAGCAGCAGGCAGCGGUUCCAAUUAUGACUUUGAUUGUGGGAGCAAAUCUUCUGAAGGGUUUGAAAGGGUCGAAGAUGCCACUCUUGGUGCUUCUUGGUAUAGUGGCCAUCCGGAAUAUUAUUUUGCCGACUUUGGGAGUUGUUAUCAUUAAAUAUGCAGUCCAUUUUGGGUUGGUGCACUCAGAUCCGUUAUAUCAGUUUGUUCUUCUGCUUCAAUUUGCACUUCCUCCAGCAAUCAGCGUAGGUACGAUGAGCCAGUUGUUUGAAGUUGGCCAAACCGAAUGCUCUGUGAUCAUGCUAUGGACCAACGCCUUGGCCACAGUUUCGCUAACUGUUUGGUCAGCAUUCUUCAUCUGGUUUGUUAGAUAA